UACCAAAUCUACCGUACAUUUCAGACCGUAAGCCGACUUUCACCUUUUUUGUGUGAAAGUGAAUUAAAAAAAAAUAGGCAUCUCGGUCGAAAAUCGCUGGCGGGCCCCUCGUGGAGUCGCUAGUAUCGACGCUUUCGGCUUUUGACCGUCGCCUUAUUCUGCCUGCGCUAGAGUCCUGGAACUGGAAGUCAUAUCGCUAGACCGAGUCGCCGAGUGCUAGUUGCCGUUUGUCCUGGAACUGGAAGUGGGCGUGUUUCUUGUCCCCCGGGUCGCCGACGGUUCGUCUUUGCCGCACGUCCUUUCGGCCCUUUGCCGCCGCCCCAAACCAGGCCGACACGGAGUCAAAUAUAAAAGACGUCUUCAACAACAAAAACGUCGACAAUGACGACCGCAGCCAAGUUGUAUGGUAAAGAUCUGUCCGAAUAUGACGAAAUGGACGUUGACCAACUCUUAUCACAACUCACGCAAGAAGAAAUCAGUAUGCUUGUAAAAGAAGUCGACCCGGAUGAUACUCUUUUACCGCCAUCACAAAGAUGUUCUUACGAAUGUCAAAAGAGUCCUACCGGGCCUCUCGAUAGGAAAAAGUUGAUUGAGCACAUUAACAAGCAAGCCUUGGAAACUCCAGAUAAACCUGAAUUGAAACCAUUCGUUGCUGGAACAAUUAGAGGCAAAAAGUGGAUUCCACCACCUGUGUCAGUCAAAUUGAAAGAGGCUGAAGAACAGAUCGCCAUUGACUUGGGAGAUGAGUAUGAACAAGCUUUAAGCGAUGCGACUCAAGAAGAAAUUAUUGACUUGGCCGCUAUUCUCGGUUUCCAUUCGAUGAUGAACCAAGAUCAGUACCAUGCUUCUCUCUUGAACAAAGGACAGCCGCUUGGACUCGGUUGGGACGGCAUCACCAAAGCGACACAACAGAAAGUUUACCCAGUCGAACCUCCGAACGAUACCGAUGUGGACAAGACUAUACAAAUGGUUAAAGACGACGACCAUGAGCUUCUCACUCUGAAUUGGAAUAAUAUUAGGAAUAUCUCUGAUGAGAAAUUCAACAACCUUUUCAUGGCUCUCAGAGAAAAUACCCACUUGGAAACACUUAGCCUCACCAAUGUCGGCCUUCUUGACAGACACGCGUUAAAGCUUGCAGAAGCCAUCGAAAAGAACUGCACACUCAAAGUUUUGAAUGUGGAGACAAAUUUCCUCAGCCCACAAGUUAUCCUCCGACUCAUAAAGGCAUUACUAGUUCAAAAAAGUUUAGAAGAAUUCCGAGGGGCCAAUCAGAGAUGUUACGUGCUUGGCAAUAAAAUUGAAAUGGAGAUAACAAAUCUUGUAGAACAAAACCCUACACUUCUCAGAUUAGGUCUUCAUCUCGAAUAUAAUGAUGCCAGGCAGAGGGUUGCAAAUCACCUCCAACGAAACAUUGAUAGGAGUCGUUUAAGGCGCAUUGGUCACUUUUCCCGCUCAUUUGCUGCUGGUUGGUUUCCGCAUAUAGGAGGCAAGACCUUCGCAAUAAAUAACAAGAGAUGAAAAUAAAUUACAAGCUACAUAGUAAAUUAUAUUAGAGUGUGCAGUUUUCAAUGCUAAUUACUAUUUUUGUUCGACUGGUGUCUUUUUUUCUUUGAUUCAUCCGUUAUAACGUCAUUUAAGAGGACAGCGAAUUCAUCGUCAUGACAAAUACUCCGAUACUGAAUUGUUUUGUGUUUGCGCCAAAUGGUUAAUGACUUUGGUAAUAAUUGCAAGACUAUUAUUAGAUAUGAAUUUAUUUUAUUUCUGUUGUGUGUUGACUCACAUAUAAUUGCACAGCUUUGUAAGUGGAACAGUGGCUUUUGUGAUUUCAAAGAUCAGUGUUUUUUUUCCUUUUCUGAAUGUACGCCAAUUUUAUGCAGCAAUUGUAAGCUUUCAUAUAAAAAAUUUAUUAAAUUUCAUACACAACAUGGAUAAUUGUAGGUUUAAAUAGCCAAUAAUAUAUUAUUUAUGUAAAAAUAAAAUCACUAUUUCCUUGUUUUAUAUAUAAACCCUUCAUUAAAUUUAGUGUACUGUUAUUACUGAGCUCAACUAUGCUUGAAAUUUAUAGCCUGUUCGGUGCUGCUGUGAAGCGUUUGCUAUUUAGAUUUAAUCGAAUUUCUCUUGUCUUGUACAUACUAUAAAAUUUAAACAAUGUACAAUUAUAUAUGUAUUUUUUUGAUUAUUUAUUAGAACUGCUUAUAAUUUUACAGCCAAAUAUAAAAAUUUAUGUAUUGACAUAAAUAACUUGUUUUCAUUAGAUACAAGUUACAAACUGCAAAAAGGUUCUGUUAAACAGUCCUUAAUUGACUACAUGGUAAUAAAAGAAAGUAAAUUAUUUAAUA